UUAUCCAGCUGGAACAGCUAUGAUCCGAAAUUUCAAUUAAUGGCCCAUUAAGUAAAAUGGGCUUUAAAUAUGAACCUUCUAAGGGCCCAGUGAAAUUGGAGCCUUCGUCAGAAGUAGACGACGGCGGAGGAGACGAGACACGACCCGAAAGGAAGGAAGGAGGAGAAAUGGUGACAGGAGAAGCGUUGAUCGCAUACAGAGCCCUGCUCAGGGCUACGAGGAGAUCGUUUGCCGGAGAUGUAGAGAUGCUGAAGGCGUCGGCGUCUGAGAUCCGUAAGAAAUUCGAAGAGAGCCGCCACGUGGUUUCCGAGAUCCCUCGGCUCCUGGAAGAAGCGCGUGAGGCGACUCAAUUCAUUUCCACCAUGAUCGUUCAAGCAAAGCUCAACGAACGCGGCGGAUACGAGGUGAAAGCAAGCCAGGAACACGCGGGAGCUACUCUGGAGCUUCCGACAGAGGCAAUGCUUCGGACAAAAUCUGUGUGACCGACCACAUUAAGACUGUCGGAAAUUUGAUUUCUUCUCCCUUACUCGUUUGGUUUAAUCGGUAAAGGUGGAACUUUUUUUUUUUAGUCGUACUGGGUUUUGUUCUCUCUUUACAGCCAAAUCAACUCAGAUUUAACUAUUAAGAAUCUAUUUUUAUAUGAAAUUCUUCCAUUUCUGGUUUA